AACACGUGUAUUUGUGACCACAAUAUCGGCAAUGAAUCCAAGUUUAAUGAUUUGGAGAUCAUUUACAACACCAUUAAAGCCGAGGAAUGUCUUCACAGACAACAGAUGGAGGAACAGCUCAAAGCGGUGACCGAAACUCCCGCUGACAUCACAUUUGCCUCAAAACAUACCAUUAGACCACUUAUUAAGCGAGAGAUUAAUGUCUUCAGCGGUAGUGAAGACAACUACUCAGCGAAUGAAGAGGAAUAUAACCAGACUUUGGCCGAAGAUAUGGACACAUCUGGCGAUGAAUACGAGGCGCCGAAGAAGAAGAGGGGCCGACCGAAGAAGAAUGAGUUGAUGACUAAUCGUACGAAUGGCUAUAAGUUGGCAAAGAAAUGGACGAUCAAAAGGCGUGUAAAGCGGACGAUAAUGUCGGACAAUGACCACAAGAAGUCCAAUAUUGAUGGCGAGUUUGGAUCAGCUGCUGACCAGUUACGGCCAUUCCGCUGCGAUUACGACAACUGCAGUAAGACUUUCAGAUUGAACGGCAAUUUGAAGAAACACCAGAGGAAUGUACACUCGGGUGAGCGGCCGUACCGGUGCUCGUGGCCCGACUGCGGCGCCGCCUAUAAGGUGAAGGACAAUCUGGAGAGACAUCAACUCAUUCACUCGAGUGGCGGACAAUACAAGUGUCCGUUUGAGGGCUGCGGCAAGAGUUUUGGUUCGGAUAAAGACCUCCGGCUUCACAACAGAACCCAUAAAAAGUACACAAAUAAGUCGCCCAAAAACUUUGCGUGCGAUUGGGAGGGCUGUGACCGACGGUUUGGCCAACGCGACGAUCUGAUGGCACACAUGAGCGCCGCCCACACCAACGAGAAGCCAUUUCAAUGCCCCGAUUGUGACAAACGCUUCGCCAUUGAAAAGUUCCUGAAGUGUCACCGAAGGUAUCAUCAAAUCUGCGACAAGAAGGCCAUCAAAUCGGAGAACGAGUUACUCAACGAGAGGUCCGAAUGUGUGGAAUGCGGGAAGUGGUUCAAGAAUAAGCGUUAUAUGAAUAAACAUCGCCGUAAUGUCCACUCGGAUGACAUGCCCUACAAGUGCUGUUGGCCCGGCUGUACGUUCGCCACGAAAACCCAGAAAUAUCUUGACGUUCACACCAAUCGUCACCAGAAUAUUAAGCCAUUCGCGUGUCCGACCGUCGGCUGUCCAAUGCGGUACUACACGUCCUACGAGUUGAACCAACACGUGGUGAAAGUGCAUACCGUAACCAACCCGACGGACCGGGAGUUCAAGUGCGCUGUCGAAGGCUGUCGAUUGAGUUACGCUACAGAGCGUGACCUAAAGCGCCAUAAGCGCCGUCACGAUCGCAUCUACCGGUGCUCGUGGCCAGAGUGUGGUCAGAACUACUCGGCUAAGGUGUUGCUGUCCGAGCAUAUGGACAGGCAUUUGAAUGUGAAGUCCCAUAAGUGUCUGUACGUCGGGUGCGGUAAACAGUUUUUUAGCAAAAAUAAUUUCGAGUCUCAUAUGAAAAGAGUUCACAACAGAGGAAAUGCACAACGAAUGCCAUUGUUUCCAUGA